ACAAGCCUGGGGGUCGGGCCUCGGCGGAGCCGCGGCGUCAGCGCGCGGUGAGAGCUCCGGGGCCCAGUGGCGCUAUCUACGAGCUGGGCGCCCGCCGGAGGCCCCUCCUGCGGCUCGGCCGCGUCCUCUCGCCCCGCCGAGUCCCGGGCCAGCUCUGCGCCUGCCACAGGUGGCCGGCGGGGCGGAGGGUGGCGACCCGCGUGGAGGGGCCCUACUGGGGUGCGGGGCGCGAGAGUGGCCUGGAGGGGGUGCGGCCGGCCGGAUCCCUGGCGACUCCGGGCUGUUCUGUGGCCCGCUCCCUGCAACCGGAGGUCUCUGAGGAGCUGCGGACGCCGGCGCUGCGAGGCCAGGCGGAGUGCAGCGAAACACCACUAUUGCAGAGCUGUAUUGGAAAAGCAGUUUGCAGAAAAGAUGAAAACGAAACCUUUUUCUGCACCCAAUCCCCAGUGGCUAUAGGUGCACAGAGGCUGCCUUUUUUGGCUCGAGGUCCAUGGCCCAAGAUGACUCUAGCGGCGGAGACUGUCUUCCGUAGAGAGGGGGACCCGAUCUCAGGCUGGGAUGAACAUGCCACUGCAUCAGGUCUCUGCCAUUCCAGCCCAGGAUGCCGCUUCUGCUAGAGUCCACAGGAGCAAGACCAAAGAAAAGGAGUGGGAAGAACAGGCUGGGAGUCUUCCGUCCUCCUCGGCUCCGGUGUCCGCCUUCUCUCACACAUCUAUCACGCCAUCUAACCAGGACAUCUGCAGUUCCAGCACAGUGUUCUCUGAAUUUUGUUACCACAGUACCGUGCAGUCUGCUGUUGUCUUGAAAGCUCCUCCUUGCCAGAGUUCUCUGACACCAGGGCUCACCGUGACAGUUGUCUGUAAAGACACACUGCAGGCGCCUGAGGGAAACCCCUCAGGUCCAGAAUGGGCCGAGGCCUGGAAGCCUGCCAAGAGCACCAGGAGUGGCAGAGCCCUGAAGUUCUCCAAGUCCCUGAGCGACGUAGGGGCCAAGGCCCAGGACGGCCUGGAGAGCACCUGCUUCGUGGAGAGAACCUGCUCGGAAGGGAAGCUGGCUCUCCCCCCAGGGCCCAAUCUCAGGACCAGCGGGCUCUUCCCCCAGGGGCAGACAGUGCUGACCCGCGCUCCUCCCGUGCAUUCCAAAUACGCAUGCAUCGCAUCCCUCGCUGCUCCCCAGGCAGCUGCCUGGGAGGUGGGUGCCUGUAGGAGGGGUGACCACGUUCCCCUCUGGGAGGAGAAGGCGGAAGGCGAGGCCACAUCCAGGAGCCGGCGUCUGCUCCGUUACCUGCUUUCGCUGUCGCGUGGCUCGAGCACCAGCAGUUUGCACCGCUUCCAUGAGCUGGAAGCCCACGCUGCCCAUCCGCACACCACCCCCUCCUCCAGCGGGCGGGCAGGGAGCACGGGCUUCUGCUCAGAUGAGAUGGGUGAUGACGACGUCUUUGAAGACAGUGUGUCUGCCAGGCUGAAGAGCGCAGUGCUGCGGGCUCCCCUCUGCUCUGUGGAGAAGGACAGUGACCUGGAUUGCCCCUCUCCCCUGUCUGAAAAGCGGCCCCCAGCAUCCCCUGUGUCCCCCUCCGGGGAUGCCUGCAGGAUCUGCCACUGCGAGGGCGAUGACGAGAGCCCUCUGAUCACACCAUGCCACUGCACGGGCAGCCUGCACUUCGUGCACCAGUCCUGUCUGCAGCAGUGGAUCAAGAGCUCUGAUGCACGCUGCUGUGAGCUGUGCAAGUACGAGUUCGUCAUGGAGACACGGCUGAAGCCACUGCGCAAGUGGGAGAAGCUGCAGAUGUCGAACAGUGAGCGCAGGAAGAUCAUGUGUUCCGUGACCUUCCACAUCAUCGCCAUCACCUGCGUGGUCUGGUCCCUGUACGUGCUCAUCGACCGCACCGCUGAGGAGAUCAAGCAGGGGCAGGCAACAGGCAUCCUGGAGUGGCCCUUUUGGACUAAGUUGGUGGUCGUGGCCAUUGGCUUCACUGGAGGACUCCUUUUUAUGUACGUUCAGUGCAAAGUCUACCUGCAACUUUGGAAGAGGCUCAAGGCUUACAAUAGAGUGAUCUACGUUCAGAACUGCCCAGAAACAAGCAAAAAGAAUAUUUUUGAAAAAUCUGCACUAACAGAGCCCAGCUUUGGAAAUAAAGACAGACACGGACUCUGUCGUUCCGACACAAACUCCUCCUCUUGCACAGAGCCCGAGGACACCGGGGCGGAGAUCAUCCAUGUCUGAUGGGUUCCCAGACGCCUGUGGGGUGCCGCGGGAUGUUGUUCACUGCCAAUUGUGUACCUUUCUCCUGCCCUGUAAUAGCAGAGUCAGGCAGGCGAUGAGCUUGCGGGCCUCUUUGUGAACUCUCCUUGGCGAUCUGAAGCCGUCCUGUGACCAGCGUGUCAGGGUCCCUUCUGCCAGGCUGCUCUGGGGGUAGGGAAGGGGGAGGCCCUGGUGGCCACCGUGGGAGGCUGAGCUCUGCUCCCGGUCUCCACAGGGUGAAGAACGAAAUGCCAAAUCUAAGGGUCGAACGGGAGCAGGCUGCAGGAGGGGCCAGCCUCGCCCCGCUCCAGCUGCCCCGAGCCUGCAGCGCCUGAUUCCCUGAACAAGCAGCACUUUACAGAAGAGUUUAUUUUUUAAUACAUGCCCAAUGGAAUUGACACUUAGGAGGCAUCACAUUUAGAAAUCUCCCUUCACCACUCUAGUUCUCUCUGGCAUCUGGAAGUAAAUCUGAAACCCUCUUUGCCUUAUUUAUUGUAAGAAUCGGGGCCUCCUUUCUGUGGGACGUGACUGGUAGCAAUAGUGGUAGCCAGUGGCAGUGACCAGGUUCCUGUACCCUGGAGUCACCGUCUCCAGGGCUGCCUGUGUUUCCUCUAGGUCAGGACUGAAAAAAGAGGGCUUUGGAUAUCAAAAUGGGAGAAGUGAGGACUUUGAUAUGACUGAGUGUUUAAAAAUCAUGUCCUGUACAGAGACAGAGGUCUCCAGGUGUGGCUGGCUUUCUGGAGUGCUCCUGGUACCUGGCCCCCGUGGCACUGUAGGGGUGCUGUGGGGCCCAGAGGGGACAACAGACUGUCCGGGUCACUGUGUCACCAUCUCUGCCCACCCACAUGGCCUUAAGGGAUUGGAUAGACAGGGUCCUCCAGGGCCUAAGCCUGGUCAGCCCUUGUCAUCAGGAGCUUUCCAGUACCAUUGAUGAUACAGAACCAAACUCACCACCUCAGAUGGCCUUGUCCCUUGAAAAUGCCUGUGUAAAAUUCUGUUCUCAAAGCCCAGUGUCACAGUCCUAGGCAAACGGUGACCCUGGGAGGCAGCCAGGAGCCUGCAAUGCAAGUGGGGGGGGGGCCCACGGUAUGCUCAAUGGGCCACAGCCACAGUCCGUGCCGUGUAUGUACAGCCCCUGCCAGGGCCCUCACAGGCAGGAUGGCUCACAGCCCCAGGCGGGACCCUGCAGGUUGAGCUGCCCCUCUACCCUGCAGGUACCAACCACAGGUCCCCCGGGACGCCUGCCCUCUGCUCCCUGGCUGCAUCCCGCUGUACCUGAAGUGCAAUUACCACGUCCCUGUUCAGCCCAGGGACACCUGGCAGCUACAGCUGCCCACUCAGGGGGGUGAGCCCACCAGCUCUGCCCAGACCCCCAGGAACUGCCCCAUGAGGCCUGACCCUGGGCACCUACCUGCCCUGCCACCCAUCCAGUGGGGGACUUUGUUAGCCCCUCCCCCUGGAUCCCCAUCCCAAGACUUGGGUGGAAAAGAGUGUGUGCACUGGGGGGUCUGGUACCCCAAUAGCAAGGGUGCACUUGGCCUUGCCAAGCUGGAAGCCUUCAUCCUGGUCAGGAAGGCUGGCACCCUCUCUCCAGCCACUCUGCAGAUAGGGGUCCCACAUCCUCCCCCGUCCCCAGGGCCUGGGCUACCCCUUGCCUUUCCCUUCCUAUGGGUCCUGACUGCAAAGCCCUCAGCUCUGCGCAUGCCCUGGAGGUGCUGGGGGGUGGGUGUUUGUCCCAGGUCUCACCUCGUCUCUACCUGGCUUCAGUAGAGGAUGGCGUUUGCCCGAGCCACACAGAAUCUUGGGCUCAGGCGGUCGCAGGGCCAGGGUGGCCCUGCUGGCCCUCUCUGUGACUCAGCACUGCAGCCCCACAGCACUGGCAGUCUUCUGACUUCACUCUUGGGUCCAAGCCUGUGAGGCACCCUGCCUGGUGGUGUGGACUGCUGGGCACAGACACGGGCUGCUGUCCUCCCUUGAAAUCUGAUUUCUAAUAUGCAACUGCCCCUCCAUUGCCAGGAAGCACCCAGACGCAGGGAGAUAGAAGCAUUUCUCUCUUGAAAGUAAUCCUUCAAGGUGCACAGCCGAUCUGUUCGUAUUUAGAGGCAAUGUUUAUAAAAAGCUGAUUGUUAAUAAAAACCAGAUUUACACUGGCAUGUGUGGUGUAUUUUCUAAAAGGCACUUCAAGUGUGGAAUUUUUCUUAGGAAAUUUCUAGCAGUCUAAAUGUUUAGUUUUAUAUCCUUUGUGUACUUUCAGUGGCACCACGGGAGUAAACCUCUGUGCAGCUCGCUGCAGCAAUAAAGCCUUUCUUCAGCACA